AUGUGGCUGCAGCGCAGGGUGUGCGGGCGCUCCAUCGAACCUCGACGGCAGUCGGAUGCCAGCUCCGCCACGCCUCUUGUGCCUCGCGACGGGCCGACGGCGCACGGCUCGCCAUCAUGCCGCGGCGGCGCCUCGCUUCAGCAAGAUGCCUUCCGAUGGUCGCCACAGCGCGAUGCGGCGGGCACCCUCGAGGACCGAGACCCAGCCCCUCCGCGUCUGGCUGUGCCCUGUGUCCCAGGCGCUCUGCUGUACAUCGCUGGCCCUCCCCCCCUCCUUCGCCCUAGCUCUGGGUCUGGCGCUGGAAGUUCUCCAGGGUCAGGUUGGCAGUGA